AUGCGGUAUGCCAUCUCUCGACCCAGCGAGUAUCUCGUGCUCACAGGAGCCGGGAUAGAAGAUAUACGCCUAUGCAAAAAGGCCUUUGUAAUGCCAUGGCAACGGUGUGCGAGGAUCUCGGUGGCACCGUUUGACUUCUCACUCAAUCUUCAGGCGAUGACUACUGAAAAACUACAAUUCGCACUACCGGCGGUCUUCACGAUCGGGCCUGAUCAUGAAGGGAAUGAUUCCCUCAGGAAAUAUGCUCUGCUUCUUUCUGGGAGUACAGAACAGGUCGAUUUUGCCAAACAGGGGGAUGUGACUGAUCGGGAAAGGAGAGACCAUGUCCAGGAUAUUGUGAAAGGAAUUAUCGAGGGCGAAACCCGCGUCAUAGUUUCCAGCAUGACAAUGGAAGAAAUAUUCAAGGAUAGGCAGGUCUUCAAGGAAAAAGUGGUUGUCAAUGUUCAAAAAGAGCUGAACCAAUUUGGUCUGAAAAUCUACAAUGCCAACGUCAAAGAACUCCAGGAUACACCUGGCAGUGAGUACUUUGCGUUUCUGAGCAGGAAGGCUCAUGAAGGGGCACUCAACCAGGCUAAAAUCGAUGUCGCCGAGGCACGGAUGAGAGGUGAGAUAGGAGAAGCAGAAAAGAAAGGAAGGACAAAACAGGAAAUCUCCAAAAUCGAUGCCGAUACCGCGGUCCUAGAAACAAAACGUAAAGCUGAAAAGGCAAAAGCGGACUCCGAUCUCAAAACUCGUCAGACAGAGCUAGAUUCGAGUGUUCAACUUGCCGAGAUUAUAGCCCAGCGUGAGACGGAAAUGAGGGAUGCAGAUUUGAAGAAGAAAGUUGAAAGCAUGCGUGCCCAGACAGAAUUAGAGCGUCUCAGAGCUGAUCAAGUGACAAGAAGCAAAGUUGAGCGUGAAUCUGCUCAAGAAAAUGCAGAUGCUGCAUUGUACACUGAACAGAAAGCAGCAGAUGCACAAUUGUACAAGCAAAAAAUGGAGGCAGACGCUACCUAUUACCGCCAAAGCAAAGAAGCAGACGCUGCGUUCUACCGCCAGAAGCGUGAAGCUGAAGGGAUUCUUGAAAUGUCAAAAGCUUACGGCGCCCUGGUUAAUGUUCUAGGCGGCCCUCAGGCCUUUUUGCAAUUCCAGAUGAUGCAGAACGGUACUUAUGAGAAGUUAGCCAAGGCAAAUGGCAAUGCGAUCCAAGGCCUUCAGCCCAAAAUCACUACCUGGAGUACUGGAGAGACCCAAUCCUCACAUAUUAUCGAUGAAGAUGGCGAGCUUUGGUUUGAAUUCAUAAAGAGGGACAUACCAAAUUGGGACCAAUAUGAACUGCCUGGGCUGUCUAAUUGUUCGUAUGAAGUAUAUUGCGACCUCCGAGAACGUGUGCAAAAAUCCGUGGAUGAAGAUGCAGAGAGGAUGAAGAUGGCCCUAGAUGGAAUCAAUUCAGAGCGUGCCAAGCACAGCGCCAAAUUCGUUGACCGAAAGCACCUUCGACUCCCCCAAGAAAGGCCGACAACUAAGCAACGGUAUGCUUCAUUCGAUCGAAAAAUGGGCGGCAUCAGACCUGUAUUUGCCUCUUCGCGGACUCCUCUUGGAUCUUCAGAUCCAUUAGGGACACCUCUUUGGUCCUUCGAGCGGCCACCGCUCCCUCGGCCCGAGACAAAGAAGAAGAGUAGCAUAUUCGCUUCAGCCAAACGGAAUGCUAUUCUUACCGUCCCAACCAAGCAACUAAAUAACAGAGCCUCUCAAGUCAAACAAGCCCCACGCUCAUUGAUUGAGGAGCAUAGACGACCUGUAGAACCGACAGCGCCUCGACGAAAAGACUACUCAACCCCAGCGCUAAGAGCGCCGGGUCGAUCAAACCCUCAUGAAAUAGGGGUAGUUAAUUAUGUCGCCACUCCGGCAUUGCAAGAAAAAGAAAGGAGGCUGCGGGCAAUCACCUCAGGGCAGAGAUUGGCAGCGCAUUCUUCAACGUCUCCUGCUCUGUCAAGAGCAGAAACAGAUGCAUCUUCUACUAGUCCAUGCUCUGCAAAUGACACAAGAGCCACGCUCAUAAGAGGGUCCGGACCCAAUAUGGAGGCAAAAAGUCUAGCCAGAGAACAAACUUCCUACUCUGAUGCUUAUAAAUCUAUCGGACUUGGAGCUGGCUCUUUUCCCGGCCAGUCCCGGACUUCUCCAGAACAAGGACCACGCACUGCAACUAUUCGAAAACGACCGCCUCCGAAUCCAUUAAUCCAACCAAAGCGAAAGAGAGUAUCUUGA